AUGGAAAGCGCUACGAUCGGAAGGAAUAAGCACACGGACAGCUCGGAUAAGUCCGUAGCUGACCAGCAGCCAAGCUUGGCUGAUGUAGAUAUUAAAGUAUCGAAGACCGUAGUCACAACUAGUUCUGAUGAGGAAUUCUUUGAGAAGAGGGUGACGCGUGCGCAGUAUAAGCAGCUAGCAGCCGCGUCGGACUCGGAGAGCGAGGGUCCCAAUAUUCGUGGUGCAAGCCAAGCAAAUCCAAAGUCAAACUCUGCGUUAAAUUCCAGCCAAGACAUGAAAGCUAAUAACAAGGCCACAGCGCUGAAAGGGAAGGAGGAGUGUUCGGGCGACAUUGACUCUCUUGGAGACUAUGUUCACGUUCAAGUUGGAGACUGCGUGAUGAUGGAUUCAGGAGACCCUGAUGAUCCCUACGUCGCGCUCGUAAGCUCAAUACAGACCUCACAGCGGCAUGAUCGAGCCGUAUCCAGUUUCAUGGCCCAGUGGUACUAUAAGCCGUAUGAUGUGAAGGAGGAAGUGAAGGCCUUAAUCAAGGGUGGUGUCCUGGAAAACGAGGUGUUUUUGUCACCGCAUAAGGACCGGAAUUCGAUCGAGGCUGUGAUCGAAAUAUGCCAGGUUGUGUCUCCUCAUGAAUAUAUAGAAAUACGAGACGAAAUCAAGCGUGGAUUUCGUGAGAAAGGAAAAAUGUAUUAUGUAUGCCGUUACAAGUACUAUCCGAACCGAAGCAACAUUAAAAAGGCGCUGGAAGUUGUCGAAAAUGAAGCCAUUCGAAAUGGAUUGGGCCGUCCCAAGCCUAAUGUUGGUGCCAGUUAUCAAGCUAACAUCCCAGAAUUUAUUAGGCCAGCGCCCAUUGUAAGUUGUGUGGAUGCCACUAUCGUUCCGUGGAAGUCACACGAAGACCCUGCGGUGCGACCACGACACAUGUGGUCACCCCUUGCCGCCAAAUUAAAAAGCCAGACGUUUAUGCAAUUUCGAGACCUCGUCGAUACGCUGAAGUUUGCGGUAGGAAACAUUGUGAAGACAUAUCGAUCAGAUGCGAAGCCAAUGGGACACCAGCGCGGAAUUGUCCUGCAGUACUUUUUGUCCGAUUCCAUUCAGAUUUGUGCAUCGACUGGACAGGUGCUUACGAUUUUAAAGAGUGAGGUGUGCUCGCCGCUCUCGGAAGACUUGGCAUUGCAGCAUUUAUACUUGUCCAGAUUUAAUUUAUCGCAAGCUGCCUACGGCUGCUCAAAGACGAUUCUUCAUGCCCAGCGAAAGGAGAGAAAGGCUUUUCGAAACGAAGUGGAGUUAUUUGUGAAAGCGAAAGCCGAAGUUGCAGCUGCAACAAGAGGCGAGGAAAGUUCCCACGAAGACAGUCGAAAACGCAAGAAGUAG